GGGGGGCGUCCGCGGCCCUCGUCGUACCGGGCGCUGCGCAGCGCCGUCUCCACCCUGGCGCGCAUCGACGACUUCUUCUGCGAGAAGAUCGGCGCCGGCUUCUUCUCCGAGGUCUUCAAGGUGCGCCACCGCCAGUCAGGACAGAUCAUGGUGCUGAAGAUGAACAAGCUGAUGAGCAACCGAGCCAACAUGCUGCGUGAGGUGCAGCUCAUGAAUCGCCUCUCGCACCCGAACAUCCUCCGGUUCAUGGGCGUCUGUGUGCACCAGGGCCAGCUGCACGCGCUGACCGAGUACAUCAACGGUGGCAACCUGGAACAGCUACUGGACAGCCCCGUCCCUCUGCCCUGGCCCGUGCGGGGCAAGCUGGCCCUAGACAUCGCCCGCGGCCUGCGCUACCUCCACAGCAAGGGCAUCUUCCACCGCGACCUCACCUCCAAGAACUGCCUGGUGAAAUGUGAAGACAACGGCUACACGGCUGUCGUGGGCGACUUUGGCCUGGCUGAGAAGAUCCCAACCUACAGUGAGACUGGUGAAAAGGAGCCCCUGGCCGUGGUGGGAUCCCCAUACUGGAUGGCCCCCGAGGUUCUGCGGGGGGAGCUAUACAAUGAGAAGGCGGAUGUCUUUGCGUACGGCAUCAUCCUCUGUGAGAUCCUUGCCCGGGUGCCGGCUGACCCAGACUACUUGCCCCGCACAGAGGACUUUGGACUGGACGUGGCCGCCUUCUGCACCCUGGUAGGAGUCGACUGCCCGGCGCCUUUCCUCCAGUUGGCUUUCCACUGCUGCAGCAUGGAGCCCACCUCCCGGCCCUCCUUCCUGGAGAUCACGCAGCGCCUGGAAGCCGUCCUGGAGGAGCAGCGCAAGGCGGGGGACCCUGCCCUCCAGAGCGACGGGCCCAGUGCCCCCGGGAGCCCUGAGGCGGCGCUGAACGGCAAAGCUGCAGCCAAGGAGCCCGCCACCCCGCAGCCGCUCUCUGGCCUGCCCGCCCAGCACCUUUUGCCACCGGACCAGUGCCUCUCCCGCAGCCAGUCGGACAUGUUCCCUCCCGGAUCGCCCCGCUUGCCCCGUGCCCAGGACACUCCUCAGCGGGUCAAUCCCUUCUCUCACCGCCAGGACCUCCAGGGGGGCCGGAUCAAGCUCUUUGACACGCCCAGCAAGUCCUUGAUAUCCUUGACUUUUGACCUCCCGCCUCCCUCGCCCUUCCCACCGGGCACGCCCAUCACGCCGGAGCCUGCGGUGGAGGCUCAGUGUGACUUCUCGGAGCCCGUCUCCCGCGGGCGCAAGUGCCGCUCACUGCCCGCCUCCCCAGAGCUGCCUCGCCGGGAGCAGCUGCAGCCCCACAGCAACUGCCUCCUGGCGCUCGACUGCAGCCGUCUCGAGCCUGCCCCCGCCCCACCACCUCAGGAGCUCACAGACUGCAGCUUGGACAGCCCUGAGCCACGGCCAGCCCCUUCUGUGGCCAACGGCACCUUCAUCAGCACGGCCACGUCCGGUGUCCAGCUGUGGCCCCCGAACGGGCUCCUCUUGAACAAUAACAGCAAGCCCCACAGCUGGGGCGGGGGGCUGUCUGAGCUGAGCGUGCCCCCCACUGUGGACGGGGUGCAGCCAGAACACGUGGGGGCAGCGCUGGCCCUGAGCGCCCCCAGCGCCGGCUUGGCAGAGCAGGAGGAGGUCCUGGCCUGCCCGGCCUGCUGCCUCGGCCCCUUCGGCUUCAGCUUCGCCUCUGUUUGCCGCCGGCCGGCCGGCAGCACCCCUCACUACCAGAACCUGGGCUGCGAGGCCACGAGCCUGCUGUGCCCAGACCGGCACCCACGGCAGCACAAGGCCACCGGGCCAGGGCGGGCCGAGCCCAGCCUCAAGUUGCCUGAAGCCCAGUCGUAA